AGUGGGAGUGUUAAAAGGAAGAGAAAGAAGAAGCGCUUGCGUGUCGAUCAAACACGAAUAGGAGCUCGUCCUGCUGCUCCUCCUCCUCUAAUACAGGAAGAGCUCAAACACCGAGCAGCAAGAUAGUUUCUCUGCAGGAGAAAGUAUGUGGGCUAAAAAAUUGGGGAGCCAGUUGGGUAGGCCAACACGAUCUGUAGGGGGAUGGUUGGUCAGCAAGCUGUUCAAAACCCGCAACCAGGUUCUUGAGGAGAGUGCUGUGCAGCUGUGUAGGAUCCAACCAGGAGAUACGGUACUGGAGCUGGGUCAUGGACCAGGUCUGGGUUUGGAGUCAGCAGCCAAACUCCUCACUGGUCCUACGGGUCACAUCAUAGGAGUGGAUUACUCUGAGUACAUGCAUCAGAUGGCCAAAGAACGAGUGAAGGAAUUUCUGGAGAGUGGCAAAGUGACACUCCAUCUCUGUGAUGUUGCUGCGAUGCCUCUGGAAGACAACAGUGUGGAUAAAGUCUUUCACUGUAACUGCUACUACUUUUGGCCUGACCUCAGGAAGGCAGCCAGUGAAAUUCACCGUGUUAUGAAACCAGGAGGACUGAUAGUGACCACACUGAGGCAUUCUCAUGUAGCCGUUUUAGCAGCUAAGCGAGUGAUGCCAGGGGAGAACUGGCGCCCCGAGGCUUACAUGGCAGCUUUGAGAGACUCUGGCUUCACUGACAUCAGGAUGGAAGACAUUCAGCACAGAAACAUAACCUUUCAAGCUAUUUAUGCAACAGCAUUAACAUGAGACAGUGUGCUGUUCACUCUGCUUCCAUGACUGCUGUAAUCAAGAUGAUGAUACAAGGUUUUCAUUGUGUGCCAUUAAAAUGAAUAAACUGUGACUAAGCACUAAUAAGCAACAUCUGAUCAAAACCCCGAUUUUCACCCUCUUCUAUGAUGUAAACACUUGGAUUAAGCAAUCUUGUCUCUAGAAGUUUUUGCCUCCAGAGUUGUCUGACUUUAUUUUCUUUAAUUACAAUGUUACUUGACAAAAGUAACAUAUGAUACAGGUAUACAUAAAAGUAUAUAUGUUCUGCUUAAAGACAAAGAAGAUAUUUAAUCUGUCAAUGAUGUAACAAUUUGUAAUAUCAGUGCUGUUACAAAUUGAAAGUUUGAACUUAAAAUGUAUUGACAAGAAAAGAGCAAAGGAAAAUGUGGAAUAAGAUGAUUUGACAGAAUUUGAAGGAAAAUAGAAAAGUCCAGAGAACUGGAAGAAGUAGAGUAAUACUUCAGCUAUGGCAUAUUGGACUAAUAGUACAAAUGAGGAAUAAAGCACAGAUAGAUGCAAAUUUUGUCACCAGAAAAAUAGAACACAACAUUUAAUAGUUCAGUGUAAAGAUUAGUUUAUCUAAUGAAUAAUCAUACCAUUCAUUCAUUUAUUCAUUCAUUCAUUCAUCUUCUAUACCACUUUAUCCAUAGUGGAUCACGGAGGAGCUGGUGCCUAUCUCCAGCAGUCUACGGGCGAGAGGCAGGGUACACCCUGGACAGGUCGCCAAUCCAUUGCAACCAAUCAUACCGAUUACUAAUGAUUAAUAACAUAAUAACCAAUGCACUUGUAAUAAUUUACACAAAUAAUAAAGGGAAGCCUAUAAAUGUAGCAUUGAUGUAAUACCAGUCAGCUAUUGUACACAAAAUAAAUGAACGUAUUUUUGAAAAUA